AUGACGUCAAGAAUCUUUUGCCAAGUUCUCAAGUCAGCGCUAGCAGAAUGUGCCCCGCUAUUUGCAAAUCUUCGGGCCAAUGACAUCCAUAUACUUUGUGGCGAAACACAUGGCUCACCAGCUGGGAGAGAGAUCAAGCAGCUAAAGCGAGAGUUUCAGGAUAUAGUCAGGGUUAUCAUUCUUCUUGCUACUCCACUUUCAGUCACUCCUCUUGCACAGCUGCUUAACUUGCCAAGAGAUGAUAUUAGUAAUUGCUUGGAUGGAUUUCAUUCAGUUCUCCACGUGCCAGAGGAUAUAAAAUCACUGGUACACAUCCUGCACUUAUCGUUCCGCGAUUAUCUGCUGGUCACGGAAAGCCAUUUCCACGUGGAUGAGAAACAGACACAUGAGAGAACAGCGUCGCAUUGUCUACAUGUCAUGGACACUAGCCUCAAACACAAUAUCUGCAGUCUAGCAAGUUAUGGAACACUGCGCAUGGAUAUAGACUAUCAGGCCGUUAACAAACACCUGGUGGCUGAGUUGGAGUACUCCUGUCGUUAUUGGGCGUACCAUCUUCGGCAAAGCGGAGGAUGUCUUUCUGAGUCCCAGGCGCUCAGUUUAAUUGGGAUCAUAUCUGAGGCUGCGGGGAUCAUAGAAUCACUGCAGUCAAGUGUGUGGAAUUUCUUCAUGAUGCAAGGAGAUUUUACUCUUAAGUACGCCUAUAUUGCUAGUAUUGCUCCGCUCCAGCCCUACUGUUCCGCCCUAGUAUUUUCACCUUUGCGAAGCACUAUCCGGCAACUGUUUAUUGAUUGCGUUCCCAAGUGGCUACUUACACUCCCACAAGCGGAAGAUUCAUGGAGUCUAGACUUACAAACACUUGAAGGCCAUUGUAAUUGGGUUGACUCAGUGGCCUUCUCCCCGGACAGGCAAACACUGGCCUCGCGUUCCAGCGACAACACCAUCAAGAUCUGGGACAUAAAGACAGCACGGGGCUGCAGACUCUCAAAGCUGCGCACACUGAAGGGUCAUUCUAAUUCGGUCCGAUCUGUGGCCUUCUCCCCUGAUGGACAAAUGCUAGCUUCAGGCUCUGGUGAUGACACCAUCAAGACCUGGGAUGCCAAGGCUGGUACUGUGCUGCAGACUCUCAAGGGCCAUUCUGAUUUUGUCCAAUCUGUGGCCUUCUGCCCUGACGGACAAGCACUGAUCUCAGGCUCCAGUGAUCACACCAUCAAGAUUCGGGAUUUCAAGUCUGGCACCGAGCUUCAGGCGCUCAAGAACCAUUCCAAUUCGGCUCAAUCUGCGGGUGUCUCCCAAUUAGUGGCCAAUAUGGGGCAUACUGGAACUAUAUUCUACAGUAUUCCGCCACAAAAUAAUAAUUAUGACUCAACAUCACACAGUUCCAAAUCUACAGUAUCUUUAUCAAAUAGCUGGCUUGUCUUAACAGGUGAAAAUCUACCAUGGCUCCCUCCUGAACAUCGUCGAUAUACCUGUUUUGCUUUAAAGGAUGCCACCCUUGCCAUGGGAUAUUAUGACGGGCGGGUUUCUAUUAUAGGAUUCCACUCGCCAUAG